CGGACCCGCAUUCCGCAUUCUCCCUUCACCCUCUCUAUUUUCUCACGUCCUUCGGACUCGUUUGUCUUCUCCCUUUCACCCUUCUCUCCUUCCCUCGGCGAACACCCUGCUGUAACCCUAGAGAUCUCCAUCGGAUCUUUUAGAUCUUUUGCAUGGGAACGUUAUCCGCUCGGAGGAUUCAAGAAAAUCUCGGAGUCGUUCUUCCAGGGAUGAGGUGAAUCACUUUUUUUGCCCUCUGUCUUUUUUUUUUCGAAGUGAAAAGGAAUUCAGCUCAGAUAACAUUUUUUGCUUCACUAAGAAGAUUGCCACUGUCUUGAGUCCCAUCUUGAAGAUAGCUACUAGUACUCCUGGAGAGAUGUCAGAAGGUACCAGGACUAGUUUCCAUUAGAUGGCAUGGAGGUGAAGGGUUUUUGCAUUUGAGAUGAACUACCAAAUUAAGCCAUUUGGUGAUGUCUGGAUAUGAUUGGAUUUUGUUCAUAAUGCAGUUGGUGUCUACUGGCAGUCGGGCAGAAGAAGCAUCAGAGACUGAGCCAAUUCUGUCUCAGCCAGCCAAUGCUGGCAGUUCCAAGGAGUCCCCAUCUUCAUGUGAAAUCAGCCCUCUGGGUGUUGAUGAUGAUGGUCAAAACAUUGAUGAUGAUGAAUGUUGCAAUCUUGUGAAUCAAGACCUACCACAAUGCCGAAUUUGCCUUGAUACUGGAGAUGAUGAUCUAAUUGCACCCUGCCAAUGUAAGGGUACACAGAAGUACGUGCAUCGAUCAUGCCUUGAUAACUGGAGAUCAACCAAGGAAGGCUUUGCAUUUGCACACUGUACAGAAUGCAGGGCUGUUUUCAUACUGCGUGCAAAUGUGCCACCAGAUCGGUGGUGGUUGAGACUGAAGUUUCAGCUCCUUGUUGUUAGGGAUCACGCAAUUAUAUUUGUUGUUGUGCAACUGGUUGUCGCUUUGUUGAGUAUGCUGGUAUACAGAUUUUAUGGCGAGGAACUGCGAGAAAUGUUUGGUUAUGAGGAACACCCGUAUGGAUUUUAUAUAAUUGCCAUAUUAGCUGUUAUUCUGGUGGGCUUGCUGUACGGAUUCUUCAUUGCCAUAAUAUGCGGACAGAGGAUCAAUGAACGCCAUUAUCAUAUUCUAGCAAAACAAGAACUGACAAAGGAAUAUGUGGUGGAAAGUAGAGACGAAAAUAAGAAUUUUCCGGAGCUUGAGCCCGCUCAUGUUAAGGAGUUGAGAAUGCUGGGACUUUACUGAGCUGGAUUAUGAGCAUGAACUACUAUCAGGUUCUCUGUUACCUAGUGAAAUCUACCUUGUAGAUACCAGAUGAUCGACCACAGCACAAGCCAAAUCAACUACAACAUAAUUGGAGUCUGGAGACAACUGCUACGAAGAAAGAUGUAAUUACAAAACAUAUGGAGAUGGUUUUUGAUUUUUUUCCCCCACUUACAAGGCCAACCUUGCAACUUCUCUCUCCUUUUCAUAUAUAUAUAAACUAUUUUGCAUAUAAAAAUGUUUAUGCACAUUAAUGUGCUGCAAAUGUUGAGCUGUCUCGUUCCAUGAAAUGUUGACAUGGAAAAGUCACAAGCAUUUUAUGAUGUUACCCUGUACUUAAUAAAGGAUUCUAAUUUACAAACUGUAGCAUUUGACAUAUAGUUAUGUUGUAUAACUGAUACAAAAAGGUUAGAUUAACGAAGAAUUACAAUUUAUUGUCAA